AUGCCUAUCGAAUCCGCUCAUCCCCCCGUCUCUAUCCCUCCAGUUGAUGUCUGGACAUAUCUCUUUGAUCGCACAGACCGCGAAUUCCCCGAGGAUCAUGUCGUCUAUGUCGAUGUCUCGGCACAGAAGCAACAUACACUGCGGGAUGUUCGGAACGCUGCCCUCCGCUUUGGCCAAGGCAUCCAAAGACAAUGGAAUUGGCGAAAAGGCGACGUGAUGGCCGUCUUCACCCCCAAUAGCGCAGAGAUUGCGCCCGUGACUUUUGGUACUCUCUGGGCCGGUGGUAUCGCGUGUCCGUUCAACAAUCUCUACACCGUCGGCGAACUUGUGUCACAGUUGAAGUCGUCCCAGGCCAAGGCCUUGACAACGCAUGUCGCAUGCGCCGAGGUCGCUCGCGAGGCGGCAUUGAUCGUCGGCUUACCCCUGGACCGGGUUAUCUUGGUCGGCCCGCGAGAUCCCAAAGGUCGAUUUCAGCACUUUUCGGACAUCCAAGCCUCUUCGGCCGACGCAGAGAAAGUCUCGAUCGAUCCAAAGGAGGAUCUGGCUUUCUUGGUGUACUCUUCGGGAACAACAGGACUGCCCAAGGGCGUCAUGCUGACACAUGAGAACAUCGUGACGAAUCUCCUGCAGGCCAUUGUGAUGGACAAGGGCCGGACAAAUUGGAGUCGGGAUAGAGUCAUUGGCUUCCUUCCCCUAUACCACAUCUACGGUCUCGCAGUGCUUCUGCUCAGUCCUGUUGAUCGAGGGGUGAGGGUCUACAUCAUGCAAAGAUUCGAGUUGGAGCCCUUCUGUCGCAUCGUCCAAGAGGAGAAAAUCACAAUAAGCUACGUCGUUCCACCGGUCGUCCUGCUCCUCGCCAAGCACCCGCUCGUUGGCAAAUAUAACCUGAGUUCGUUACGGAUGAUGCACUCGUCGGCGGCACCUCUCACAAAUGAUCUGGUGGAGAUGGUUCACAAGCGGCUGAAAGUGCCCAUCAAACAAGGAUAUGGCUUGUCAGAGGCGUCCCCGGGUGUGGCCACGCAGUCCUGGGAACAGUGGAACACGACAGUGGGCUCGGCCGGAAAUCUUCUGCCAUCGAUCUCCCUCAAAUGCAUGAACGACGGCAAGGAAGUGCCUCUGGGGGAGACCGGGGAGAUCUGGAUCAAGGGUCCCAACAUCUUCAAAGGGUACUACAACAACCCCAAGGCGACGGCAGAGUCCAUCACCCCCGACGGCUGGUACCGCACGGGUGAUGUGGGAUACGUCGACAAGGACCACAACAUCUACAUCACCGACCGCGUCAAGGAGCUCAUCAAAUACAACGGGUACCAGGUUGCGCCCGCCCAGCUGGAGGGGUUGUUGUUGGCGCAUCCGGCCGUCAACGACGUCGCCGUCAUCGGGGUCUACAGCCCGGACAGAGCGACCGAACUGCCCCGAGCUUAUGUCGUGCCGGCCAAGGGCUACAAAAGUGGACCAGAGCUGGAGAAGGAGAUCUGUGAGUGGCUGCACCAAAAGGUGGCGCCACACAAGCGACUGAGAGGCGGGAUCCGAUUUGUCGAUGCAAUCCCCAAGAGCAGCGCCGGCAAGGUGCUCCGCCGGGUCCUGGCUGAGCAGGCCAAGAAGGAGACGGCAAGGUUGUGA